CUGCUGGCUGGGGAGGGCAAGGGUGGGGUGGGGCUGGGAGGGGAGACUGCUGAGGGCGGCGCGUCCAGCUCUGGGCCAGGGGGUCCAAAGUGCUCACCCUGGGCACAGCCGAACGUUUGGGGGCCUUCUUUCCGCAGGGGACAGCCUGAUUGGGAAGUUUGGGGAGUGGGCGUUGUCUCCGUUCCAGCCCCGCUGCACAUUCAAGUGACAAUGGCAUCUCUUGGUCACAUCUUGGUUCUCUGUGUGGGUCUCAUCGUGGCCAAAGCAGAAGCUCCACAGGAACAUGACCCAUUCACCUACGACUACAAGUCCCUGCGGAUAGGGGGCCUCAUCAUUGCCGGGAUCCUCUUCAUCCUGGGGAUCCUCAUCAUUCUGAGCAGAAGGUGCCGGUGCAAAUUCAACCAGCAGCAGAGGACUGGGGAACCUGAUGAAGAGGAGGGAACUUUCCGCAGCUCCAUCCGCCGUCUGUCCACCCGCAGGCGGUAGAAACACCUGGCGCGAUGCAAUCCAGCCAGGUCCUGCGGCUCUGACAAAGCUGGGGGUAGGGAGGGAGGAGGGGGUGCAAGGGCUGGAGGGCUUCCCUGCUUCUCACCCUUGUCACCCCACAGGAUUCCCCGUCUCCUGACUCCUCCCACACACCACCCGGGAGCCCACCGCCCACCGGGACUGCCUCCUCCCCAGCCCUGUCCCACACACUCCGCUCUGCGGCCCAGACUUCCAAUAAAACGGCUUUUUCCCUCUUGA